AUGGCUUAUGGUCGUGGUCAUGCAUCAUUUACAAUUGAUACAUUAAAAUUAGCCAAAGAUAGUUUACCAGCUACCGUAACUGAGCCACCACCUGUAUAUCCGGAAUUACUCAAUACACCACAUCCAUUAAUUGAAAAUCCAAUAAAUGAUUAUGAUUAUAAAUUAAAACUUAAAUUAAAUUUUAAUUCAAGUUUUCGAACUUUACAUGAUCCAACAAAAGAUGAUCAUGAAAAAAAUUUCAUUUUAAAUAAAUGGAAAGAAGAAUGGUCUCUUUUACCUCGAGAAUUAAAACAAGCAUCUCGAAUCAAUAAAAAUUUAUUAAAAAUGAAACCAAAUUUAUCGAAAAAAAAUAUUACACCACCGAAAAAAAAGAAAAAAACAAUAUUUAAUAUUGAUCUUAAUAUAUAUGAAGAAAAAGAAAUAGAUGAUGAUGAUGAAAAUGAACAACAAGAAGAAAAAAAUGAUGAUAAUGUUGAUGUUAAUGAAAAUGAUGAUGAUAAUGAAGGAAAAUCAAAAGAAAAAAAGAAAUUAACAGAUAAUGAAAAUGAAGUUGAUGGUGAAAUACCACAAGAAGAAGAAGAGGAUAUGGAUGAAGAUGAAGCAGCAGAUUAUAUUGAUACAUAUUUUGAUCCAGGUGAUCGAGAUGAUGAUGAUUUUGAUGAUGAUGGUGGUGAUGGUGGAGAUUAA